AUGUUUGUGCCCCGUGCGCAUGUGUAUCUUGAAAAGCCAAAUAAAAAGAGCUGGUUUUCUGGCACGUCACGGCCCAAGAGUAGACAACCUAAGCACAAGGUUAACUUAGUCGAGUAUGUACGAAUGCCAUGCCUCGUCCCAACGUUUAUUGGAACCAUUGUGGGCUUUAUGAUAAUAUGUGGUGGAACAUUUUUAUGUUUAAUGGGUUAUAACCCAGGCAAAUUUCUAGGAUACUCAACAAAAACAACGAAUACUUUCAAUUCUAAUAUAUCAUCUACAAACAUAACCGAACCUUCUGUACUGGUCAGCUCAGCACCUGACUUACCUAACCUCAAAGUGUUAACAUAUAUCGGCCCGGUGUUCAUGGGUAUUGGUUUCUUCGUCAUGAUGGUAGCAGUUGUUCUCUAUUGUGAAAUUAAGGACAAAUAUGUGACGCAUAUUCUACCGGACAGAGAUGUCAAACAGCUUAGAAAGGAUGAAUUAUAUGAUAUGAUCAUAAGUGAAUUUCGGAAAAACUAUUUCCGGGGAAUUGAAGUGCCAUUAAAAUCGAAAACAGAUCAAAAAGAAAAUCCAAUGGAGAAGAAAUUACCGACAUUAUUUAAAGCACUCAGCAUUAGUACGCCGGCUUUGUUGAUUACACCAGAAAUGCAACGGAAAUGGCGGGACAGGGACAGAAACAUGUCAAUUUCAGUGCCAAUAAGUGCAAAACAGGUUGAACGAGUACGAAUAGUGCCCAUAGCUGUAACACGGAGGGAGUCUUGGUUGAAGACGUCUUCCCUCCCAAAUAUUCGUCCGAAAAGUGCCAUCAGAGAAGCGAUGCGGGCAUCGAAAAAAUGCAGGUCUCAAUUUGUAAAUAAUUCUGAAAUAUCAAAGAGUUUUCAGGAAAACAUGGGUAAUUUAACGAAAGACGAUACUACAGGAUGUGAUAAUCCAGCUUUUAGAGACUCGCCUACUGAAACAAUCAAAAUGACAGAAAUAGGCCCUACACAUUCCCCAGAUUCGCCUGUGUUUUCACAUGGGACGCAUUUAACGAAAGUUCAGGUACACAUGGAGGCGUCUCAUCAGGACAAUAUGCAAGACCACAACAAUUCGGAUGCAAGGGGGUACACAUUACGGAGGGUUUCAAUACAGGAAGGUUCAUGUGAACAAGAACAGGAUGAGAGUGAUUUGCCGGAUGCAUGUUUAACAAAGGACCCUGCGUGUAAUUCACCCGACGCAUGUUCUCUUGUUAUAGACGCCGAAGCGUCUCCUGAGAACGUUGUGAUAGAUUGUGAUUCAGAAGCCCUGCUAUUAGAGGAUCAUAGGAACCGAGAACUGACUCGUGUGAAGUCUUUAUACAAUUUAUCGGAGGGACGUGAUUGCAAAUUAAAUUCUGGUCAGGUAGGGCCAUACAAGACAUGCAUUGGUAUAUUUAGGAGUGAAUCGUGUCUGGAUCGGCUACGUAAUCAUUAUGUAGAGGUGGAGGACGACACACGUUCAGAAGACUCCCUAACUUUGACUGAUGACGUCAUGAAGUAUUUUGACAAAACAGAUUUACUACCGGUAUAG